CGCACACGCACACGCACACGCACACGAGCGCACCAGCGAAAAGGGAGGGACCGUCCCGGACCGCAAGGCCGCACACCUUUUACACUUGAUGGGUUGCUGCCGCUCCUCGCUGCGGGCGGGGGCGGGGCCCCACGCGGCGAAGCCGCCCCGGCACCGCCCGCCGCCGCACCGGCCGUCCUUCUCCCUGAACGCGCACCAGGCCGCGCCGCCGGGCCGCUCCGUCGGAGGCGGGGACGUCCCGGCGUUCGCGGAGUUCUCGCUGGCGGAGCUCCGCGCGGCGACGGGCGGGUUCGCGGCGGAGAACAUCGUCUCCGAGAGCGGCGAGAAGGCGCCCAACCUCGUGUACAGGGGCCAGCUGAAGGGCCCCGGCGCCGCCCCGCCGCGCGCAAUCGCCGUGAAGAAGUUCGCCAAGCUCGCCUGGCCCGACCCCAAGCAGUUCGCGGAGGAGGCGAAGGGAGUGGGGGGACUGCGGCACCGGAGGAUGGCGAACCUGAUCGGCUACUGCUGCGACGGCGACGAGCGCCUGCUCGUCGCGGAGUUCAUGCCCAGCGACACCCUCGCCAAGCAUCUGUUCCACUGGGAAAAUCAGACUAUUGAAUGGGCUAUGCGUCUGAGGGUUGCGUACUACAUUUCUGAAGCAUUGGAAUAUUCUAGCAUCAAGGGGCGUCCUUUAUAUCAUGACCUAAAUGCAUACAGGGUCCUCUUUGAUGAGAAUGGCGACCCUCGCCUGUCAUGCUUUGGUCUGAUGAAAAACAGCAGGGAUGGGAAAAGCUAUAGCACGAACCUAGCAUAUACACCUCCAGAAUAUCUAAGAAAUGGCAGGGUUACCCCAGAAAGCGUCAUAUUCAGUUUUGGUACUGUACUCCUCGACCUUCUCAGUGGAAAGCGCAUACCUCCUUCCCAUGCACUUGAUAUCAUGAGAGGCAGAAACAUCCAAGCACUAAUGGAUUCACAUUUGGAGGGGAACUACUCAACAGAGGUGGCUACUACAUUGGUGAACCUUGCGUCUCAAUGUUUACAGUACGAGCCAAGAGAUCGGCCUGAUAUAAAAAAGUUGGUAUCCAUUCUGGAGCCUUUGCAGAUAAAAUUAGAGGUACCGUCCUAUGUGAUGCUUGGAAUUUCAAAGCCUUUGGAAGAACCACAGGCACCUCCUACUCCACAGCACCCUCUUUCACCCAUGGGAGAAGCCUGUUCCAGGAUGGACCUAACUGCCAUCCAUCAGAUCCUAUUUACGACACAUUACAGAGAUGAUGAAGGGACCAAUGAGCUAUCUUUUCAAGAAUGGACACAACAGAUGAGGGAUAUGUUGGAUGCAAGGAAGCAUGGCGACUUUGCCUUUAGAGACAAAGAUUUUAAGGCAGCAAUAGAUUGUUAUACUCAGUUUGUUGAUGUGGGGACAAUGGUGUCACCAACUGUUUUUGCCAGACGAAGCUUGUGCUACCUUAUGUGUGACCAACCUGAUGCUGCCCUGCGAGACGCGAUGCAAGCACAGUGUGUCUAUCCCGAUUGGCCGACAGCUUUCUACAUGCAGGCAGUCGCGCUAUCCAAGCUAAACAUGCAGAGUGACGCUGUAGACAUGUUGAACGAGGCGUCACAACUAGAAGAGAAGAGGCAAAAGAGCACAAAAGGUCCUUGAAGAAGAUCCUUAAUUGAGACUAGUGGCAUCCCUUCUAUAGUAUAUUCUCCAACCCUUGUUCCAUGUAUAAAAUAUUUCGUUUAUUGUGGGGUUAGAAGUUAGAAUAUAUCCUCUCUGGAGAAGAUGUUCUCUAGAGCCCUGUGAUCAAAACAGCUCAUUUGGUUUGGCAUUCAUGUGUUAGGUUGCGCAUUUUUUGGGUACAUGUAUAUACCAUCAGAUCCAUGGGAGUUCAAAAUUUUAUAUAGGUGCUGGUUGUUCAGAAGGGCCCCUGUAGCUGAAGCGAAUAUACCCGUUUGUACAAAACUGUUUAUUCGGAAGCACAUCAAUUCCAUCAGCACAGAUCUGAGUA